GCCUGUGAUUGGCUGCAGCCGGGCGUCCGUGAUGCGGUGAAGAUGGCGGCGGUGGGACAGUGCUCUGUCGCUGUGGAGAAGGAGCGCUGGCAGCCGCUGUCCUUCACGUACGUCGAAUAUCCCCCAGGUGACCUCACAGGAAAAGUUCUUGCAUAUUUAAGUCUUGUCCCAGUAUUUAUCCUCUUUGGUUUCAUCACACUCAUUGUGUUCAAGAGGGAGUUGCACUCUAUUUCAUUUCUGUGUGGUUUGGUACUAAAUGAAAGCUUCAACUGGGUAAUUAAAAAUGUUAUCAAAGAACCUAGACCAUGCCAAGGUGGCCACAGUAACUUGUUUACAGAGUAUGGGAUGCCCUCCAGUCAUUCCCAGUUCAUUUGGUUCUUUUCCAUCUACUCCCUCCUUUUCCUUUAUUUAAGAAUGCACCAAACAAACAAUGCUAGAUGUUUAGAUCUGUUGUGGAGGCACAUUUUAUCCAUAUGUCUGCUGGCUCUGGCCUUCCUUGUCUCGUAUAGUAGAGUCUAUUUGAUGUACCAUUCCUGGAGCCAAGUGAUAUAUGGAGUUAUAGCAGGUGCCAUCAUGGGAUCAGUCUGGUUUAUCUUUACACAAGAGGUACUAACACCGCUAUUCCCCAGGAUAGCUUCAUGGCCAGUCUCUGAAUUCUUCCUGAUACGGGAUACAAGUCUGAUUCCAAACAUCCUGUGGUUUGAGUACACGGUUACAAGGUCAGAAGCACGAAACAGACAACGGAAGCUGGGGACCAAGAUGCAGUGAAGUGAAGUUGGCAUCUUUGCUGGGGGGUGGGCCAGGACUGUGGAGUGAGCCCUGGAACGAAAUGGAACAGAAACCAACAACACGAAGAAACACACAUUUAAAAAAAAGUUAAUUUUUGUUUUUGCAGACAGUCAGGGCAAGCUGAGGUGUAUGCUGGCAGCCUAAACACACCACCACCCCCCC